AUGGCCGAGGCAGAGAAGAAGAAGAAGGAGGAGGAGGCCGAGAAAGUGAUAUCGCAAAUCGGCAAACAACUCGCGAGCUCAAAAACUUGCCCGAACAAAAGCACGCUCGGUAAAUUGCUCAAGCAGGCUUCAAGUUCUUUCCAGGAGUUGAAGAAUUCAGAGUCGCUAAAAUGUUCAGUAAAGCCAAUUAGUGAUUCUCUGAUCAAGCAUGGCCUACUUGACCACAAAGAUAGAGACAUUAGAAUCCUUGUUGGCAUCUGUCUCUGCGAAAUUAUAAGGGUGCUGGCACCGAAUCCUGAUUUUAGCCCUGCAGUUUUUAGGGACAUCUUUAGAUUUCUUUUAAGCAUCUUUGAGGAGCUUGAUGACAUUGCCAGUCCGUAUUUCUUGAGGAGGGCCAAAUUAUUGGAGACUGUUGCUAAACUGCAGUUUUGUCUGGUAAUGCUAGAUACUGGAUGUGAGGAUUUGGUUCUGAAAAUGUUCAAAAGCUUUUUCAGUGUUGCGAGGGAAGAUCAUCCUCAAAGUUUGAUUAAUUCAAUGUCAUCAAUAAUAACAAGCAUUUUGGAGGAUGGUCCUCAUCCUCUUGAAAGUAAUCCAUCUCAUUCACUCAUAGAUGUGAUUUUGCAGAAUAUCAUCAAGGAGAGGAAGUGUAUAGGAUCUGCUUCUCAUCAACUUGCUGUCACUGUCAUGCAAAACUGUGGUGAAAAGUUGGAGCGCAGUUUAUGUCAUUUCCUGAAAUCAUGCAUACUGGAAAGAGAUGCUAUUCGGAGUGUGAUUAAAGAAUCUUACCACGAGAUUAUUAUUGAAAUAUACAGAAUUUCUCCACAUCUGCUCCUCUCAGUAAUACCUUCUCUGACUCAUGAAUUAAUGACUGAUCAGGUUGAUGUCCGCAUUAAAGCUAUCAAUUUAAUCAGAAAGCUCCUAUCAAUGCAUGGGCAUCAGUUUGCACGGGAUUAUCCACAUGUCUGCUGUGAAUUGCUGAAUAGAUUCUCUGAUAAAUCUGCGGAAGUCAGACUUAUUGCUCUUUCAUGUGCUAAAGAUAUGCACACGACUAAUAUUUCAGUGAAAGAAUCUCCUAAAAUCCUCUCUGCCAUUCAGGGUCGAUUAUUAGAUCACGAUGACAAAGUCAGAGUCGAAGCAGUGAAUGUGGUGUGUCAACUAGCUAUGACUAACUUAAACCUGUUCACAGGCUUAAUAGAUGAAGCAUCUAAAAGGCUUCGUGAUAAGAAGUUCUUGGUCAGAAGCAAAGCCUUGCAGAAGUUGGUAGAACUGUACCAGGAUUAUUGCACAAGGUGUGCAGAAGGCAUCACUUUGCUCAAUGAACAUAUGGAGGAGAUUCCUUGCAAAGUUUUGAUGCUUUGCUAUGAGAAAGACUGUCUGGAGUUCAGGCCUCAAAGCAUGGAGCUUGUUCUGGCUGAUUUAUUCCCGGCUUCUCUUUCAGUUGAAGAAAGAACAAGGCACUGGAUAAUUAUAUUUUCACUCUUCAAGCUACCCCAUCUUAAGGCACUGAAAAUUAUUCUCUCUCAGAAACGAAGGCUACGAGAUGGGCUUAAAGAUUUCCUAAAUCUCUGGAAUGGGAUGGAGGAUAAUGGUUCAGAACAAGCCAAAAAGAAACUAGAGUCACUGGUUAUGAAGAUGUCUUCAUGCUUUCCUGAUCCUGCUAAAGCAAAGGAUUGCUUUCAGAAGUUUAAAGAACUCAAAAAUAAUGAAAUAUUUAUUGUGUUACAGCAGUUUCUGACAAAUCAGACCCCUCUUUGUACUGAGACUAUGAAGGAUGUAUGUGAGAGAGAACUUGGUGGCCCGAAAGCACUAUCCGAAUUCAUCCAUCUAGUUUACAAGAAGUGCUCUUUUAAUGUAUUUAGCUCUGAGCAUGUCCGCUACAUUUUGGAUUGUCUUUCUACUGAUGAAACUGAAAAGAAGCACUUGAAGGAUUGUCAGGUGCAGCUUCUUUUGACAAUUAUCAGUGCCUUUCCCCUACUACUUAGAGGUUCAGAGCAGCAGUUCCAGCAUUUGUUACGUGAAAGGGAGAUUCGUUUUAAUGAACAACUGCUUGAAAUGCUAGCUGUAGAGGGAAGCCAUAUUUCUAUUAAACUCAGCGAUGUAUACUUUUCCUUGGAGGAGGUAUGCUUAGAAGGAACUCGCGCCCAGUCUAAAUUGGCCGUGUUUGCAAUUGCUGCGUUAGCUGGUACUGAACAGUUCUUUUUCCCAAAGCUUUGCAAGACGCUCGUGGAUUCUCUAUGCAAUGGACAGAAUGCUCCAACUGUUUUGCAGUCAUUGGGCUGCUUGGCACAACAUUCGCCUCCAUCAUUUGAAGACCUAGAAAAAGUGAUUACAAAUUACAUUGUUGAGAAAAUAUUUCGGCCAAAUGAUGCUCUCAGUUCCAAGGAUCUUGAGAAUUUCAAUGAGGAUUCAAACUGUUGCAGUUCAUGUAAAUUAAAGAUUUUUGGGCUUAAAGCUCUUGUCAGAAGCUAUCUGCCACAUAAACAUGCGCGUCUUACUCGUCCUAUUGGUUUCUUGCUGGAUAUUAUUCAGCAGAUGCUACAAAAGCGUGGAUUUCCUGCUGGUAGUAUCCCAUGUGUACAUGAUGAGGCUUUCAUCUGUGUAGCUGCGGCGAAGUCUGUCCUCAGGCUUUCAAGGAAAUGGGAUUUGCAUAUUUCACCCCAGAUAUUCCGCUUAACAAUAUCAGUGGCCAAGGAUCCUUCUCCUUGGGUGCGUAGAUCAUUUGCCAGCAAAGUACACAGGUUGUUGAAUAAUCACGCCAUGCCCAGUAGAUAUGCAUGUGCCUUCUCGUUUGUUGCUUUAGAUUGCAUUGAAGAUUUGCGUAAUGAUGGAUUAAAGUACUUGGAAGAAUUUAUCAGGGAGCAUGGUAAAAGAGCUCAACUACAUGAAACCACGACCAUACAAGAAUCAGAUAAUCACCCUGCAUACCUGGUUGUGUUUUUGAUCCAUGUUAUUGCCCAUGACCCUAAUUUCCCUUCUCCAGACUGUCGAGAUGAAAAUAUAUAUGCUGAGUUUCUGAGUCCACUCUUCAUCACUGUAGAGGCCUUAGUGAAUGGAAUGUUGCUUGGUGGGAACUCGAGCAGUAAAUCCAAUGUUUCAUUGUAUUUGCGAAGUAUUUUUAAUGCAAUCAAGAAGGCAGGGGAUGCUAUUGAUGCCCAGAUGACUCCAAAGCUGCACUUUUUAGCAGCAGCUGGAAUUUCUAUUUUAGAUUCCCUUAACAUCAGUACCACCCCUGUCCCACAUUCUCCUGGACUAGUUCUGCUCCCAUCAUCACUCUACACAAGCUGUCCUGAGAUGAUAGAGGUUAAUGCUUACCCGUUGAUUGGUUGUAAAGCUGAUGCAAUCUUUACUAAAAAAUUGGUAUCUCGCCUCAAAUUCGAGGUUUCUGGGAUCGUCCAGACAUGCACAAAGCAUGGCCAACAAUCUAACAAGACUUCUGUACGACCCAGCAGUGGUAGACCAUUGACAUCAACUUCUAAAUCUGGCGAUAAUAAUUUGCUGGUAAACAAUGUUAAAGAGCGAAGUGUUGAGCUCCAAACUGGACACAGGGAGUUCUUUGAUCCUGAAGGACAAGGAAAGCCUGCAAAGUCCUUGCAUGAAUCGGUUUUACAGAAAGAUAAGUCUUCUGAUGAAGCUAAACAUGAAGGGGAUGCCCAUGGAAAACCCACCUCGUCCGAAAAUGAAGUCACUGGGAGUUGUUCGAGGGGAAGAGACACGGUUGAUAAAUGUGACAGUAGUUUGGUUGGACCAUCUGAUUUGUUGAGAGACGACAACCAAGUGAAAUGUUCAACGUCCAAUGCGAUUGGUACGCAGAUUGUAAAAGGCAGUGGUGAAACGUUAGUUGGCAAGCGUAUUAAACUAUGGUCACCAAUUGAAAAAUGCUACUAUGCGGGUGUUGUAGAUGGUUUUGAUUCCACCAAAAGUACUCACCAGAUUACUUACAAGAGUGGGGAGUCUGACAUUCUAAGCUUGGACAGUGAGACUUGGGAAAUCGAUAUGGAUGAACUCCAAGCACAAUAUUGUGGCGAUGCUAAUGCUAAUUCUGAAGCUGAACCUUUGGAAUCAAAACAAGAGAAGAACUUGCCAAAGAAAAGACAAAACUACAUAAAAAAGAUUUCUCAGCCGGUUAAAAGAGCUAAGAGGAAUGAAGAGGCUCUUGGCACGUCGAAAUCCAAAGGCAUGGAUAUGAAUGGGAACAAUGCUACAAGUAUGGCUUUUGGUUUUCAUGCUCUAUCCUCAUACGACUCCUUCAUAUCAAUCAGAUUUGAAGAUAAUGGAGUUGCCUCAUGGGACAAAGGCAAAGUAUCCAAACUUCCAAAUCAAAUCAACCGUCGUCUUGAAAAUGACCGUAAUACCCCCGACAAGGCCAACAAGACCAAGAGUGUCGUGGAACACACGAAAACACGCGCCACGCUGAGGUGGCGGAAGCGGAUUGGCCACCUCCUCCACCUCAUCAGGUGGAGAAGAUCGGCCAACAAAGGCAAUGGGUCGUCUCAUGUGGGCAAAAAACUUGAAGGAGCAAAAGUUCAACAUGGGUGGAUAAGAAUUCUGACAAAAAGGAGGACCAAAGAAUAA